AAUUGGUCCCUGCCCCUCUCUGCCCGUCACUACGGUGAUCCAACAUGGCGCUGCUGAGCUCCUCUUUGACCCGGUUCUGUUGUCUCAGGACAAACAGGAUAAAUAAUGGACUUUAUUCCGCUUACCUGCCCUGUCAGUACAGACUCUACUCCACGUCUCAAGUCAGACGAGGUUUGGGGCGAUACGUCCAGAUAGUCAACUCCAAAUAUGAAAGUUUCCUCAAAACAAGAUUUCCUCGCUUCUUCCAGCUCUAUCACACUUUUGUGGAAGGGAUCAAGCUGCUGUUCAGAGACUGCAAAGAGGUGAAGAGGAUAAAAGUGAACAUGCACUCUGACAAACUGCAGUUCAAGGAUCUGCCCUACAGGGACAUGGAGAGGCUCCGACAGUUCCGCAGAGACGUGGGGAAGGCCGUUCCUCUGCUGGUGAUCUCCAUCCCUCCCUUUGCCAACUACCUGGUGUUCCUCCUGAUGUAUUUCUUCCCCCGGCAGCUCCUGAUCCCUCACUUCUGGACCCCCCGGCAGCAGCUGGAGUUUCGGGGUGUGUCCCAUUCGGUGCGGGUCCAGCAGCACCAGCCCGUCCUCUCUGGGCUGCAGAACCUGAAGGUCUCUGAGGGGGUUCUGCAGAAACGCCUGCAGAACCUCUGCGUCAAAGUGCAGAACGGAGUGACUCCUCAGGUUUCUGAAAUCCUGGCUGUGAGAAAUCUGUUCUCCGGACCCCCGCUGGGCGUCAAGAGGAUGAGCAACGAGCAGAUGAGGCUCGUCUCCCCGCUCCUCUUCCUCACCCCUCGUCUCCCCAGCUUCCUGAUGUCUCGCCAGCUGCAGCAUCGCGGAUCAGAACUUCUGCAUCUGGACCGAGCUCUGAGCAGCCUGGGAGUCCAGAACCUGAGCGAGGCCGAGCUCAGACAGGCGUGUUUCCUGCGCGGUCUGUACUCCAGCAGUCUGACGGUCCCUCAGUGCAGAGAGUGGAUGUCCCGCUGGCUCCACCUGUCCAACUCCCUCAAAGACUCCGAGGUGUCUCUGCUCUUGCACAGCAUCGUGUUCCUCUCCGCAAACUACCGCCACUGACGGGAAGUCCAGUGCAAUCUGCUUCCUGAAGAGCUAUCGACAUAUCCUUCGUCUCGCCGGAAAAAACCAAAAAUGUUAAACACAAUUUUUGCCAAAAUAAUGAGGUUCAAGAGAAGAGAAACGAUGCAUGGUUGCAGCCGAGAGAAAUCACGUCGGUUGUGGAAUUAGAAACGUCCGGUGUUCCGGUUGUUGUUCACCAAAUCACAG